AUGGGCACCACUUGGAGGUCUAAUUUUGAAGAUCCUUUCCCUUCUUCAUGCCAUCCUCCUCUCCAUUUCAGCUACAAUUCUGGAUUGGAUUGGGCGCAGUGCAAUUUUGGGUUGCAAGAGAGCGUUUUCGACGUUGUUCCUUUGUUUGAGAGCUGCCCGGUUGAGGAUAUUGAGCCCAUUAACACCUACAUAUCAGAAGAUGUUCUGCGUGGUUAUGGAGAUGGGGUUGGGAUUUGGGGCGAAAUGGAGGCUGGAUUUGGGUUUCAGAAGCAGCCAUUACUGCUGGAGGGAUCAGGUGGAUUAUCAGAAAAUGGAGAGAGAUCAAAAGAGAGGGUUAUGAGAGGGAGAAGAAAGUGCAGAGAAAGCAGCAAUAAUGGUAGUAGUUCAUCAAAAAUGUUGUCGAGAAAAACAAUAUCUCAAUACUUCUACAUGCCUAUUACUCAGGCGGCCAAAGAGCUGAAUGUGGGACUCACUCUCUUGAAGAAGAGAUGUAGAGAAUUGGGUAUUAGAAGAUGGCCUCAUAGGAAGUUGAUGAGCCUCCAAACCCUAAUCAAGAAUGUUAAGGAACUUCGAGAGGGGGAGGAAGAGCGAAAUGGAGUGAAGUUGAGGAAUGUAUUGGAGAUAUUAGAGGAAGAGAAGAAGGUGAUGGAGGAGAGGCCAGACUUGCAGCUGGAGGACAACACUAAGAGGCUUAGACAAGCCUGUUUCAAGGCCAACUACAAAAAAAGGAAGCUCUCAGGUAUGAGAAUGACCAACAAUGACUCCCAGUGUUUCUCCGGACCCGCUGCUGCGGCCCGAGGGAUGUUCCGAGGUGAGGAGGAAGAGGAUGAAGAAGAAGACGAGGACGAAGAAAUGAAAUAUUUGUUGUCGGAUUGCUCGUUUUCGUCGAGUAGCUGCUGUAGUAUGAUGAUGUAA